AUUCAACAGAUUUCAGAAAUGGAAAUUGGCUUAGCAGUUGGUGGUGCAUUUCUCUCUUCAGCUUUGAAUGUUCUGUUUGAUAGGCUUGCUCCUCAGGGUGAUCUUCUCAACAUGUUUCAGAAGCAUAAGCAUCACAUUCAGCUCUUAAAGAAGCUGAAAAUGACUUUGCGUGGUCUUCAGAUUGUGCUAAGUGAUGCAGAGAAUAAGCAAGCAUCAAAUCCGUCUGUGAGCGACUGGCUUAAUGAGCUUCGAGAUGCUGUCGACUCUGCUGAAAACUUAAUAGAAGAAGUCAAUUAUGAAGCUUUGAGACUUAAGGUGGAAGGUCAGCAUCAGAAUUUUGCAGAAACAAGCAACCAGCAAGUAAGUGACCUCAACCUUUGCUUGAGCGAUGAAUUUUUCCUUAACAUAAAGGACAAGUUGGAAGACACUAUUGAAACAUUGGAGGUGUUGGAAAAGCAAAUUGGUCGUCUUGGCUUAAAGGAGCAUUUUGGUUCGACUAAACAAGAAACUAGAACACCUUCAACUUCUGUGGUUGAUGAUUCUGAUAUCUUUGGAAGGCAGAAUGAAAUAGAGAAUUUGAUUGACCUAUUGUUGUCUGAAGAUGCAAGUGGAAAAAAGCUGACUGUAGUUCCUAUUGUUGGAAUGGGCGGCCUGGGUAAGACAACACUUGCUAAAGCGGUUUACAAUGAUGCAAAGGUUUCUGAGGCAUAUAAAGCGGACCAUUUUGGUUUGAAAGCUUGGUAUUGUGUUUCUGAGGCAUAUGAUGCUUUGAGAAUAACAAAAGGGUUACUUCAAGAAAUUGGCUCAUUUGACUCGAAGGAUGACAACAAUCUUAAUCAGCUUCAAGUCAAAUCGAAGGAAAGCUUAAAGGGAAAGAAGUUUCUUAUUGUUCUGGAUGAUGUCUGGAAUGACAACUACAAUGAGUGGGUUGACUUGAGAAAUCUUUUUGUAGAAGGACGUAUGGGAAGUAAGAUCAUUGUGACAACACGUAAAGAGAGUGUUGCCUUGAUGAUGGCAAAUGAGAAAAUUAGCAUGGACAAUUUGUCUACUGAAGACUCUUGGUCUUUAUUUAAAAGACAUGCAUUUGAAAACAUGGAUCCUAUGGGACAUCCGGAACUUGAAGAGGUCGGAAAACAAAUUGCAGCUAAGUGCAAAGGACUGCCCUUAGCUCUGAAGACACUAGCUGGCAUGUUACGCUCGAAAUCAGAGGUUGAAGAGUGGAAACGUAUUCUGAGAAGUGAAACAUGGGAGCUGCGAGACAAGGACAUAUUACCAGCGUUGAUGUUGAGCUACAAUGACCUUCCCGCACAUUUAAAGCGAUGUUUUUCCUUUUGUGCAAUAUUUCCUAAAGAUUAUCCAUUUAGGAAAGAACAAGUUAUUCAUCUAUGGAUUGCCAAUGGUCUCGUACCAAAGGAAGAUGAAAUAAUUGAAGAUUCAGGCAACCAAUACUUUCUCGAGUUGAGAUCAAGAUCAUUAUUAGAAAAGGUCCCAAAUCCUUCUAAAAGGAACAUAGAGGAAUCAUUCUUAAUGCAUGACCUUGUCAAUGAUUUAGCCCAAAUUGCAUCUUCAAAACUUUGUAUCAGGUUGGAAGAGAGCCAAGGAUCUCAUAUGUUGGAAAAAAGUCGGCACUUAUCUUAUUCAAUGGGAGAAGGUGGUGAGUUUGAGAAAUUGACAACCCUCUACAAAUUGGAGCAGCUGAGGACAUUCGUUCCGAUAUAUAUUGAUGUCAAUUAUUACUCUCUGAGCAAGAGGGUGCUUUCUGAUGACAUCACUCAACCCAAGUUUUCAAUUCCUGCCUCACCUGAUGAGAAGAAGCUUAUAUUGGUUUUGCCCCACCUUGCAUCUCAAUGA